UCGACCUGACUGCUGUCUACCUGAAGCAGGUUUGUCUCUCUGAGGUAUCGACCUGACUGCUGUCUACCUGAAGCAGGUUUGUCUCUCUGAGGUAUCGACCUGUCAUCACUAGCUGCUGAGACCCACAGACACAGAGUGCCUCUGCUUCAGACUAUGGCUUCUCGACCUGAACUAGAGGACCAGAAAUCCACAGGAUCCACAGAGAAGCACAAAGAUGAUCAACUCAGUGAGAACUCAGAGACAGAAGAGAAGGCUUUUUCCAUGGCGCCGGCCCAUUCCACUGUGGCCCUGGUAGAGACGGGGGAGGGGGAGGACGACCCGUGGAAUUUACCAGAACUACAGGACGGGGCGGCAGCAUGGUCAGAUCUAGACACCAAGGGGAAGGUGUUGAGGGUGGUGACGUCGGGGAAGGGACUUCUGCUGCUGGGGUUCCUGUACAUGUUCAUCUGUUCACUAGACAUCCUCAGCUCUGCCUUUCAACUGGUUGGAGGUAAAGCAGCAGGUGACAUCUUCACAGAGGGCUCGGUGCUGUCGAACCCUCUGGCUGGUCUGGUCAUAGGAGUACUUGUCACUCUGCUGGUUCAGAGCUCCUCUACCUCCUCUUCUAUAGUGGUCAGCAUGGUCUCCUCUGGACUGUUACAGGUCCAGAUGGCUGUUCCUGUCAUCAUGGGAACCAACAUCGGAACUUCCGUCACCAACACGCUUGUUGCCAUGACGCAGGCUGGUGACCGCAACAAGUUCCGCAGGGCCUUUGCUGGAGCUACGGUUCAUGACUUCUUCAACUGGCUGUCUGUGCUGGUCUUCCUGCCUUUGGAGGUGGCGUCGGGUUACAUGUACGAGCUGACCAAGCUGAUGGUUGACUCCUUCAACAUCCAGGGUGGAGAGAAGACUCCAGAACUCCUCCAUGUCAUCACCGACCCUCUAACAAAGGCAAUCAUCGAGUUGGACAAGUCAGUCAUCAGUGGUAUUGCCACAGGAGACCCGGCUGCCAGGAAUAAGAGUCUCGUCUUAAAAUGGUGCAAAACAUUCACCAAUGUGACCCUGAGGAAUGAGACGGUCCCCGGGCCAGAGAACUGCACCUCCCCAGCCCUCUGUUGGUGUUCCCAGGACCUCUGCUACACUCUACAUAACAUCUCAGAGACCUACAACAUACAGACAUGUAAUCAUAUCUUUGUGAACGUGGACCUGUCUGACCUGGCGAUAGGCCUGAUCCUGCUGGCUCUGUCUCUCCUGGUGCUGUGUUCCUGUCUCAUCCUCAUCGUCAAGCUGCUCAACUCCAUGCUGAAGGGACAGGUGGCGGUGGUCAUCAAGAAGGUGCUCAACACAGAUUUCCCUUUCCCUUUUGGCUGGGUGACUGGUUACAUCGCCAUCCUGGUCGGAGCUGGAAUGACCUUCAUCGUCCAGAGUAGUUCUGUCUUCACCUCCGCUAUCACUCCACUCGUUGGUAUUGGUGUGAUCAGCAUCGAGAGGGCGUACCCUCUGUCGCUAGGGGCCAACAUCGGCACGACGACCACGGCUAUACUGGCAGCCAUGGCAGCACCUGGAGACACACUGGCCAACGCUCUGCAGAUCGCUCUGAUUCACUUCGUGUUCAACGUGUCUGGUAUCAUCUUGUGGUAUCCAAUCCCCUUCACCCGUAUCCCCAUCCGAUUGGCUAAGGCCCUGGGUGACAUCACGGCAGAGUAUCGCUGGUUCGCCGGCGUCUACAUCAUUUCCUGCUUCUUUCUCCUGCCCCUCUUCGUCUUCGGCCUAUCGAUGGCCGGCUGGAAGGUGCUGGUUGGUGUGGGCGUUCCCAUAGUGGCCCUGUUGAUCAUCAUCAUUAUAGUGAACGUGCUUCAGGCACGGCUACCCAGCUGUCUCCCCGCGGUACUGCACUCCUGGGACUUCCUGCCUCUCUGGGCCCACUCCUUAGAACCCUGGGACCGCGUGGUCGCCGUGGUAGCCGCCAAAUGCUGCUGCUGCUGCAAGUGUUGCCAGACCGGACCGGAGGAGGAGGAGGAGGAGGAGGAGGAGAAAGGAGGAGGAGGAGGAGGGCAUUUCCUGGAGAUGUACGACCACCCUGCCAUGAUGAACGGUGUUGACUGGGGGGAAAAGAGGGAGGACAAAGAGGAUGUCUUGAAAGCAACGCAGCUUUGAUGCGCCGUGACACUUCGUAUAGGCAUUAUAACCUGUCUAUAAUGUGAUUAUGGUCUUAUGACUCUUCUAUAACAUGGUUAUAAAGGUGCUAUGUAGGGUUACAAAAUUACAAUAACUAUUCCAAAAUUCCCUGUUUUGUUUUCCGAGAAAUCCUGGUUAGAGGAUUCCCAGAUUUCCUGGUUAUUUCCUCGUAAUUCCAGGAAU